UUCAUGAGCUUCCUCAUUGCCUUUUCUCUAAUUGCCGUCAGUGGCAAGGCUUCCAGUGGUUUCCUUUACCCGCAGUUUUAUGAUCACUCAUGUCCCAGAGCUCAAGCGAUAGUGAAGUCCGUUGUGGCCAAGGCUGUUGCAAAAGAAACCCGCAUGGCUGCUUCUUUGCUCAGGCUUCAUUUCCAUGACUGCUUCGUCAAGGGGUGUGAUGCAUCAUUAUUGUUGGAUAGCAGUGGCACCAUAACAAGUGAGAAAAGGUCCAAUCCUAACAGGAAUUCAGCCAGGGGAUUUGAAGUCCUUGAUGGAAUCAAAUCUGCUCUAGAGAAGGAAUGUCCUCAGACAGUAUCCUGUGCUGACAUUUUGGCUCUAGCUGCUAGAGAUUCUACUGUGUUGACUGGUGGACCUAGCUGGGAAGUUCCACUGGGAAGAAGAGACUCCAGAAGUGCAAGCUUGAGUGGCUCUAACAACAACAUUCCUCCUCCAAACAGCACAUUCCAAACACUUCUCACCAAGUUCAAGUUGCAAGGACUUGAUGUAGUCGAUCUUGUAGCCUUAUCUGGGAGUCAUACAAUUGGGGAUUCCCGUUGCACAAGUUUCAGGCAGAGACUGUACAACCAAUCAGGCAACGGGCAACCUGACAACACUCUUGAUCAAUCAUAUGCUGCACAAUUGAGACCCAGAUGCCCAAGGUCUGGUGGUGAUCAGAAUCUGUUUGUCUUGGACUUUGUUAGCCCAACGAAGUUUGAUAACGCCUACUACAAAAACAUAUUAGCUUCAAAGGGUCUGUUGAACUCUGAUCAGGUCCUCUUAACUAAGAAUAAAGCAUCCAUGGAGUUAGUGAAUCUAUAUUUUUUUGUUCAAACUGCUGGAAAAAAAGGGCGGCCAACUUAG